AUGAGCUACGGUCCUGACUGGAAGCAUGUGGCCGGCUCCACUGAAGGACUGUCAGCCACCUGCUAUCGAGGAGAAUCCUAUCGAUUUGUACCUGAUCUUCCCAUUACCGCCACGUUCUCCAGCACUAGUCCAUACAAAUGGCCUCAAAUAGUAUUUUCGUGCUACGGUAAUGAUCUACUGGGACAUGACGUUGUUCGAGGAUACGGUGCACUUCCAAUACCAACAAUUCCUGGGAGGUUGUGCUUGCUGCUCGUCAUUGUUGCCGUCAUUGGAAUCGCUGCUAUCGGAGUCAUCGCUAUCGUCAUCGCUAGUUUCGUCGCCGACAUCGUCACCGGCAUCCUCUACCUCUUCCAUGAAUGGUGCAUUCUCAGCGAUGACUUGGCGCUCUUCUUGCUGUGCAGGGGCUUCUCCAGCCUGUCGUUGCUCGGGAUUCUGUCUUACGAGUGCACUCAAUUCGUCAAUUGCAUUGUGCAUUGCCUGUACUGCUUCCCUUACUUCAUUCAGAUCUCGUCGGAUGUCUUCCAUAUCUAA